AUAAUUGGAACCGGCGGCAUAGCAUCCUCCAGGGCCGAUGGAGUUCGCGGGAAACCGGUUGUAGUCGAGAUACAAAAGCGUAAUUUGGCCCCAGAUUACACAACCUCCUUUUACACUAAAUCAGUGUGUCGUUAAUCGACCCAUUUCAAACUGUCACGGUUAAAAACCGAGUAGUGACACAGCUCAGAAUCGCUGUCUUUCAAGAAGUGCUGCCCUGUCUGCUAUGCUAACGUCGGACGUUUGUUAGCUAGGUAGUCUCAUUGGCUAACCGGAACAUUGUGCUUCAUGCGACAGGACACAGAAGAUACUGCUGACUAGAAAGAGACAAAGGGCUGCCGCUGUCAGACACGAACAGACUGUUAACAUGUUCAACUUAGACCGUUUUCGUUUUGACAAGAAGGCAACGACGAUAAUAGAUUUAGACCAGGAUAACGGGUCUAAAAGCCCAGAGUCUGAGAAGGAGAACAAGCCAGCUCAAAUGAAACCGGUCAAAGCCACACCAAAGUCCCAUGCCCGAGGAGUGGUUUUUGAGGAAGUCAUUACAAUAGACUUGGAGGAAGAUGAGCUCCUCUCUGAAACAAAUACCAAAACAGCAUUAACCAGCAAGUCCAAGUAUCCCACAGGGAAGUCAUCCAAAAACGUGGCAUUGGAUCACACAGAUGAGGACGACGACGACGACGAAAUGGAUGAGAAAAUGAACACAAUACUGGAGAUGUUUCCUCAGUUGACGAGGACGGAGGUGCUGGAAGUCAUUGGGAGCACAAGCACAACGGAAGGUGCUGUUGCUGCAUGCCUUUUAAAGUUUGGCAAUAAAGAAGCCCCAGACCAGGGCAGGAAGAGGAAGCAGGACGGAUCCAGCAGCUCUCAGUACAGCGGUGAGGUUCAAACCAGCAAGAGGACCAAGACAACAGUGGUUUCUGUUGAGUACGACGGAGAGCCAAGCUGGGAGAAGCAGGAAGGCAUGGUCCGAAGACUACACAAAAAGUUUCCUGACCAGGACAAGGAGGAGCUGAGGCUGAUGCUGCAGGAACACGACUGGAAUGUUGCGGAUGCUCUGCUGGUUCUACAAAUGUUCUCAGACCCAGAUGAUACCAGUGUCAGCUCACCUGACACAGAAGAAAAUAAAUCAAAGAGUAAAGACAAGUCAAGCCAGGACCGCAGGAAGUUGAAGCACCACAGAGACAGUAAAAGGAGGAGAAAUGAACAGGACCACAUAGUAAUUAGUGAAACAGAGGAGGAGAGUAAAGAUGACACGGACGCUACAAACGACAGUGACGAUUCAGACUCGGACCACGGUGAAGGUGCAAAAAUCAGAAGUAGCACUUCCACUUUGUCUACAUGGCUUCCAAAAAGUUCUGACUCGGUAUCCUCCUCUUCUGUCAAGAAAACAACUACCUCUUCCUCCCUCAAGCCAGCCUCCUCUUCCUCCACUGCUCAGAUGCUGUCCAGAUUUGCCAGUGGGACCAGUAUAGCUAUGAAGCAGGCAGCAGAGAGAAAGAGGAAGGCACGUGCCUCAGACGAACAUGUCAGUUCUGAGGAGGAAGAUGACGACAUUGACGAGGAAGCGGUGAGCAGUGAGUUUGAGGACUCUGACGAAGAGCUGGAUUCUAAAGGCGGCAUGACGGAUCUGAAGAAAGAGAUGCUCAAUUUCUUCCGGGAUUCAUCGAUCGAUGAGCUGUCGCUAAUCGCUGGGUGCUCUUUUAAAAAGGCCAAGAAGAUUGUGGAACUGAGGCCCUUUGAUGGCUGGCAAAGCCUGGUCGAUGUCUUCAUUAAGGACAAUGGAUUGUCAGACUCUCUACUGCUCGGCUGCAGAGUUGUCCUCAAAGAGCGGAAGGUCGUCCUGGGGCUGAUGUCCAAAUGUAAUACCAUUUCCUCUAAAAUGGUCAAACAGGUCACCGAGGUGAUGGAGAGGGGCACAAGGGCCAUGAAACAGCCCGGCCUACUCAACAGCCAGUUACAGCUGAAAUCCUAUCAGCUGAUUGGUCUAAAGUGGCUGCUGCUUCUGAAUGAGCACAAACUCAGUGGUAUCCUCGCCGAUGAAAUGGGUUUGGGGAAAACUAUCCAGGCUAUCGCGUUUCUGGCCGAGCUUUACGAGAAAGGAAUACACGGUCCUCACCUCAUCACUGUCCCGGCCUCUACAUUGGAUAACUGGGUCAGAGAGCUGAAGCUGUGGUGUCCAACCCUCAAAGUUCUCGUCUAUUGUGGAAAUGUGGAGGACCGCCGCUACCUCAGACACGACCUCCUCAAUGAUGACGUUGACUGCAACGUCAUCGUGACCACGUAUAACAUGGCCAUAGGAAACGAUAGCGACCGCAGCCUUUUCCGUAAGCUGCCUCUGAAGUAUGCUGUGUUUGAUGAAGGUCACAUGCUGAAGAACAUGAACUCUCUGCGCUACCGCCACCUCAUGGCUAUUAACGCAGAGCAUCGCUUGCUGCUGACAGGAACUCCUGUACAGAACAACCUCUUAGAGCUGAUGUCUCUCCUGAACUUCAUCAUGCCUUCCAUGUUCUCCAGCUCCACUACACAGCUCUCCAAAAUGUUUUCUAUGAAUUCCCACGAGGAGCAGAGCCGCUUUGAGAGGGAUCGUAUUUCUCAGGCCAAACUCAUCAUGAAACCUUUUAUCCUCAGAAGAGUCAAGAGCGAGGUUCUCAAGCAGCUGCCAGUCAAGGAGGAUAAGGUCGAGUCCUGCCCAAUGAGUGAGAAACAGCAGGUUCUCUACCAGAACCUCUUUAACGAACUCAAGACUUCUAAUAGUGGCGAGAAACGCGAGUUGUGUAAUGUGAUGAUGCAAUUGAGGAAGAUGGCCAACCACCCGCUGCUUCAUAGACAGUACUACACCACAGAGAAGCUCAAAGCCAUGAGCGAACUCAUGCUCAAGGAGCCAACUCACUUUGAUGCAGACGCUGCUCUGAUCCAGGAGGACAUGGAAGUGAUGUCAGACUUUGAGCUGAAUCGUCUGUGCCAGCAGUAUUCCUCCAUCGGCUCCUACCAGUUAGAAAAACAUCUCCUGCUUGACUCUGGGAAAUUCCACCACCUCACGGAGCUGCUGGCCUCUCAUAAAAACAAGGGAGACCGAGUGGUGUUGUUCAGUCAGUUCACCAUGAUGCUGGACAUCGUGGAGGUGCUGCUGAAACAUCUUAAGCAUCGUUACGUCAGACUGGAUGGAUCCACGCCCAUAGCACAAAGGAUUGGGUUGAUUGAUGAGUACAACACGGAUCCUGACAUAUUUGUGUUCCUGCUGUCAACACGUGCCGGUGGCCUGGGCAUCAACCUCACCUCGGCUAACGUUGUCAUCCUACAUGACAUCGACUGCAAUCCCUACAACGACAAACAGGCAGAGGACAGAUGUCACCGUGUAGGCCAGACCAAGACUGUAAAGGUGAUUAAGCUGAUCAGUAAGGGCAGCAUAGAGGACUGCAUGCUGCACCUGAGCCAGAAGAAACUAAAGCUGGAACAGGACAUGACUGCUGCUGAAGGUGGCGAGGGGACCAUACCUGAAGAUAUGGCAUCUUUGCUCAAAGCCUCACUGGGACUGUGAUCCGCAAACAUGCAACUUGAGACUGUACAAAUACAUUCAUGAUGGCAUUCCUUUGAUUCUGGCUAGACUUGAGUGUUGUGACUGAACACACACUUUUGUGUCUAUUCUGGAGAAACUACUGAGAGCCAUACGCUGCCAUGAAAACGAGUUCUGUAGCUGUGCCUAAAACACUAUUUUUACAUGCACACAGUUUUUGCUCCUACUUUGAUGAGAUCAAUAUAUAAAGGCGGAACAAUAAUUUUGGAGUACACCAAGGCGCUCGUUUGAACAAAAGUCAAUAAUUUAAGUUCACAUAACCCAUGCAGUCGUAUUUUAUUCACAUUCAGAUAAAGGUACUGAAUGCUGGCAAGGAAAUUUGUGCAAAGCGAUGGAGCGAUAGAUUUCUAUCCCAUCCUUCAUACCUGACAGUGUUGCAUCUUUCCAGUUGACAAAUGAUAUGAUAAAUGUUGCGAUUCACAUCAAUUUCCUCUGAUGCCAUACCGGAUCAAAAACGUUGUUGACAGUUGUGGUUGCAUCAGAAAGUCAGCCAAGUAUCUGACAAAUUGUAUUCUCUGAUCGUGUGUCGACUUUCAUCCUGAUGUCAUAUUUUAAGUCAAUUUCUUUUUUGCAAGGGCAGACUGAUUGACCUUUCUAGACCGAACAUACACGGUUGUGUUGGUAAAGUUAAUGAAUUUAGUACAAAAACACCAGUUUUAAUUGAGUGUAAAACUCAAAGAUAAAAUGGAAUGUCUUGAGUUGGUUUCUUUGCUGUUUCUACUCCGUUAAAUAUGUUGAGCUAAGCGGCACAGAGAGGUCGGUGAAGCAGCUGCUGCAUUCGUUCUGUAUAAGUGGCUUAUGUGUUGUAAGUGUACAAGUGUUAAGUGUAAAAGCUUUUACUAGGUCAUUUGUAUGUUUUUACGGUUCCCCUUUGAACUGAAUAAUAAAACUUGGAAUAAAAGUUUGUGUGGUCGUGCCUACAGUGAUUCAGCAGGAGGAGCUGCCGAUAAGAAAAUCAUCUCUUAAUCUUUCAUCAUGUAGGAAUUAUUCAUAUUAUUACACUGCCAGACCAGAUGAGAGACCUGCACCUUUGUUACACCAGGUUUGGCAUCAACAUGGUCUGUGGUUUAGACUAAUCUUUUUAAGAAAUAUGAAAUGGGAAAUCACCCCCCUUUGAGUUUUGUUUUUGAACAGCAGUCUACUAAGAGCGUUAUUUAUUAUAGUAAUUUAAAGAAGAAUGUUCUAAAUGUGAAGAAAUACAAAUAUAAACCUUUUCUAAUAAUACGGUUUAAUGAUAUUUAGAUCUAUACAGAAUAGUUGAAAUCCAAUUGUUCUGAGUUGCAUGAGUGGUUCAUAUUUGUUUUUUCUUGAGUUAUUAAGUCUGUUUCUGUAUAUGGCACGUAUAGGCAUCUGCCACUUCAAAGAAAAGAGUAAGUUUGUAGGAAUGGUGGUUGUCAAUGUAUUAUCUAUGUGCGCUGUUGAAUCAGACUUGUUCAAGGGGACAUACAACAGUAGCCUAAAUGUCCUAAAUCAGAAUCACUUUAUUUGUGUGUAGCAGAUGCACAAAGACUUAAACUUUGGUUAGUUAAUACUGAAAUAUUAAAGGUAAGUUACCUUUUUUAAAAAAAAAAAACUAAACAAAACUGACCAACAAUUACAGAAGAUGUAUGUGAGAAAAGGCGGGAGUUUGUUUGGCAUACAAAAUGUUGACAAAUGAUUCCAGUUAAAAUGAAUGGGAGAUUAAAUCUGAUACUUGAAAGUGUUCACGUUAUGUGCGAAGAAAAUGCUGAAAUCUACAUUAACAUGUUAUCUAAUAAUCUACUCGGCAUUAGGGGAGUACCGUCCACACCUGAAGCCUGUCAAGUGAGCAUCACAUUUGAUGGUGUAGGUGAAAUAGAGCACUCCUUUGCUGAGCUGACAGCUUAGAGCGUGAGUUCCUCGCUCGGGGAACACCACACAUAUACCCGCUACGUCAUUGUAAAACACGUCUCUAUCCCAGACUUCAAACCUCAACACCUGACCCAGUUCCACGGAUCCAAAGUUGUAAGUCACAUUCCACACUGGGUCAUUGUUGUCCAUCACUGUCUCGGUCUCCUCGUACAUGCCGUUGUAGAAGAUCUUCACAUAGGCGUCUGUUUUCGUGAAGCUGUCUGCCCUCAGACCUGCUCCCCUCUGGAUCUCCAGUCUGAGAGUUCCUCU